GCUUGUCUCUACUACUACUGAGGAAAACUUGAAAAAAGUCCAAUUUGCUUAAUAUAUUUAUUUGUAGAGUUACUUCUCUGUUUCAAACUCAAAAUUCUCAAUGGGGAGGCCGCCUUGCUGUGAUAAAAUUGGAGUGAAGAAAGGUCCAUGGACUCCAGAGGAGGACAUAACUUUAGUCUCAUAUAUACAAGAGCAUGGUCCAGGCAAUUGGAAAUCUGUACCAAUUAAGACUGGGUUGUUGAGAUGUAGCAAGAGCUGUAGACUGAGAUGGACAAACUACCUAAGGCCAGGGAUCAAGAGAGGAAACUUCACUGAUCAAGAGGAGAAGCUCAUAAUACACCUCCAAGCUCUCUUGGGCAACAGGUGGGCAGCAAUUGCUACUUACCUCCCAGAGAGAACAGACAAUGACAUCAAGAAUUACUGGAACACCCAUCUCAAGAAAAAGCUCCAAAAACAUGAAGCAAACAACGCCAACAAAUCAAAAGGGCAAUGGGAGAGAAGACUGCAGACUGAUAUAAACUUAGCCAAACAAGCUCUUCAACAAGCAUUAUCACUAGACAACACCAAGCCCACCAACAACUCAAUCACAAUUCCUUCUUCUUCUUCUUCUUCGACCUACGCUUCGAGCACCGAGAACAUAUCGAAGCUUCUAGAAGGAUGGAUGGGCUCAGUGAAACCUAGCAGUGUUGGUUUGGCCAAUUCAGAGUCGACUGAGUCGCUUGUGUCGGAGGUGUCAGAGACCGAGAGCAAGCCAAGCUUGGGAGAUCAAGUGCCCUUGGCAAUACUUGAGAAUUGGUUGUUUGAUGAUAGUUUUGUUGGAGGCAGUGAGGGUUUGUUUGGUUUGUCUAUAGAAAAUGGAUGUGGGAUGUAUUAAUGAGCCUGUUGUGGUUUUGUGCAGGUUUUAGAACUGAGCUAAUGAGUAUUGUUGUGCACUGAUGAGAAGUGUAAAUUACUUAAGAAGUUUAUGCUAGUAGAUAAAUGUCAUAUAUAUAUGAGUAUUUCUAGUUGG